GAGUUCCAGAGAUCGGAGACAAUCAGUCUAGCAAGGGCGGACCAACUAAUACAAGGGGAGAGCCGGCGAACUCCGUUGGUUGUAUUCUGGCAUAGAGAGGGCUGCGGAACAGUUGUUGGCCAACCUGUAGACGUCAUCGUCUCACAGCCUCGGGGACAGUAACAGCGGAAUAUAUACUUUGGAAGUUUUAACGGUGGAACUCACUUAACUCUUAUCACAAUGAAUAUGGCUUACUCACUCCCGCUUGUUGUGUUAUUGUGUGGCUACGUGUAUGCAGCGAAAUCCCGCUAUGAUGACUUUGAAUUUAACAACGCCUGGCCACUGACACGUCGAGGAGGUCGGCAGUGUUUUCAAGCUGGCCAGGAAUGUAUACAAUCGAGCCAAUGCUGUUACCCGGACGCCUGCGUAGUAGAAGAAUAUGGAAAAGCACCCUUCAAACGGGUAAAAGCGAUGGGAACGUGUAGAAAUCUAGAAACAGAAUUGGGAUUCAACUCUCUUUUGGCUCGGAAACCAUCGGGGUUACCAGCUGGUUCUCACUGUGACGAUAGCUCAGAGUGCGAUGACCUUUGCUGCAGGGUGAUCCACCACUUCAGAGGAACGCUCAAAGUGUGUGGAGAGAAAGACGGACCGUUUAUGUGCAUCAAAAAGUCUAAGGGUGCAAAUGACGUUUAUUACAAGAAAUGAAGAGUCCAAGGAUAUACGUCCAGUGCCAUUUCCAUUUGUUGGUAUUCUGUUUGCCCGAUGGACACUAACUGUAGUAGGUAUUAUCACGGCAAUGCAUUGUCUGCCACGGAUCCAUCAAACUACCAAUAUGGCGUGACCUGUGUAAGAAAAAUGCUAAGAGCGGACCUGCGAGUGUACAUUGGCUUUUUCCUCGGAUAGAUUUUACUUCUUUUUGAAAUACCUAUAAGCAUAUCAAUCACGUAUACUCAUUUUUAAUUUCUUGGUCGUUUUGGAUUUCUAUUGAUGUAUGUGCAAGAGCCGUGUAUGUGUUUGAUGACUACAAACUCUGUCCUCAACAUGUGAUUGCUUGUUUUAUGGUAGAUGUUUCUGAAGUAGUAUCUAAUGGCAAUAAUGAAAAAAACAUCAGUAGACAUAUUUACACUCUUUUAGCUGACUAACCACGUGUUGUUUUGUUUCUCGUCACCUUAUCACUCGGUAAGUCUGUUUGCAAUACAUUAUUCCUUCAUUCUGUAGCCUCCAUGAACUAUCUUUAGAUACAGAUAUCAGCAGUAUUGAUCCAUGUUUUGGACAAUCCUAUAAGAAAGAGAGCAGGCAACUGUCUCUAAAUGCAUAACCCGAUUUAUAUAUAUAUAUA